AUGCAGCGCCGUUUCGCGCCAAGCGCAAAGAUCGGCGCUCUCUCUCCGCCAUCGCUGCUACGGAACGACGAUUGCAGCAGAAGUUCCUGCGGCGGACUCAAAAGGGAGAGUGGCUUCAGAGGGGCCUGCGCGCGGGCCGGCGCGAAUGUGGACACGAGUGCGACGGCGACGGAGGAGAAAACGGGAGGUGCGGGCGCGGACACGGAGGAGGAGGAGGCAAGUGCCAGCGGGGCAGUGAAUGGCGAUGAGGCAGGGCAGCAGGCGAGCAGGACGGGCAAGGGAAAGCAGAAGGGGGAUGUGAAGGCGACUGAGAAGAGGAAAGGGAAGGGGAAGGGAGAGGCGGUGAAGCUGAUGCUGCACAACACGAUGAGUCGGAGCAAGGAGGAGUUUGUACCGCUGCGGGCUGGGCACGUGGGCAUGUAUGUGUGCGGUGUGACUGUAUACGAUUACAGUCACAUCGGACAUGCCCGCGUGUACGUCUCUUUCGACGUCCUCUACAGGUACUUGCAGCACAUGGGGUAUGACGUCACCUACGUGCGCAACUUCACUGAUGUUGACGACAAGAUCAUCAAGCGCGCGUUAGACCUGGGCGAGGAUCCGCUGCAUCUGAGCCGUCGGUUCAUCACGGAGUUCCAUGCGGACAUGCAUGCGCUGGGGUGCCUGCCCCCCACGCAUGAGCCCAAGGUGUCCGAGCACAUCCCCGACAUCAUCCACAUGAUCCAACAGAUAGUGGAUUCGGGUGCCGGUUAUGUUGUGGAUGGCGGGGAUGUCUUCUUCGAUGUGGACAAAGCGGAGGGGUAUGGCCAGCUGUCGGGGCGGCGGCAGGAGGAGAACCGGGCGGGCGAGCGGGUGGCAGUGGACGAGAGGAAGAGGAACCCGGCUGACUUCGCCCUCUGGAAGAGUGCCAAGCUGGGCGAGGUGUCGUGGGCCAGUCCGUGGGGCGAGGGGCGGCCGGGGUGGCACAUAGAGUGCAGCGCCAUGAGCAAGCGCUACCUGGGCUUCCGAUUUGACAUCCACGGGGGUGGGCGCGACCUCAUCUUCCCGCACCAUGAGAACGAGCUCGCUCAGAGCAAAGCUGCGGCGGCUGCGGCUGCUGCGGCGACGGCGGCUGCUGCUGGUGAUGGUGCUGUUCAGGCACAGCAGCAUGUGCAUGAGCAGCAGCAGGAGGGGUGUUUGCACUGCGCAGGGGAGCAUGGCAGUGAGGAGGGGGAGGCGGCGUGUGGGGUGUCGGUGUGGCUUCACAACGGCUUUGUGAACGUGGACUCGGAGAAGAUGUCCAAGUCCCUUGGGAACUUCUUCACCAUCCGCGAGGUGCUGGAUCGUUUCCACGCGGUGGCAGUGCGGUGGUUCCUGCUGAGCACGCACUACCGCUCGCCCAUCAAUUACAGCGACCGCCAGCUCGACCGCGCCUCUGACCGCGUCUUCUACCUCUACCAGCUCUUGGCCGACUGUGAAGCCGCCAACAGCCAACAGCAGCAGCAGGUCUCGUCCAGUGCAGGCGCAUCCAAGCCUCCUGCGCCGGCCAAGGCAGCGGUAACAGCAGCAGCGCAGGUGCGGUCGGCGGCAGCAGCAGCGCUGGCGGACGAUCUACACACGGCGCAGGCAGUGGCGAGUCUCUCAGAGCCCCUCAAGCUCAUGGCGGACCUGCUGGGGGCCAAGAAGUACAAGAAGGAUCCCAGCAGGCUGCCAUCGCUCAUGGUGCUGCAGGAAUCGGUGCUCUCCGUGCUCGCCCUCCUCGGCCUCCCCACCACUGGAUUCUCCCCGCUGCUGGAGGAGCUGAAGCAGCUGGCGCUGAAACGGGCAGGGAUGAGCGCAGAGCAGGUGCAGGGGAUGUUGGAGCAGCGCGAUGAGGCGAGGAAGGCCAAGGACUUUGCGCAGUCGGAUGCGAUUCGCGAUGAGCUGGCCCUCGUGGGAAUCAUGCUCAUGGACACCCCUGCUGGCACCGCCUGGAGGCCUGCUGCCAUUUCCGUGCAGGAUGAUACGGAUGAAUCUGGCGGGCUGAUCUUCCUGGGUGCAUACGUGUCGUUCUGCUUCCACGUGGCUGUCGCUAAGCACCGCGCGAGAAACCAGGAGCUACAGCAGGCGCUGGUGCGGGCAGGGGAGGCGUGGGAGUGGCAGCAGCAGUGCUCGUAUACCUCUCAUCACCAAUGUCACCUGCAGCAUCAUGCCGCCGCCCCUACUGUUGCGCUCUCGGGCCCCUGCUCCUGGGAGGGAGGCUCCAACAACCCGGGCCUACAGCAGCUGCUGGUCUCAGCUGCAGCAGGCACGGCGGCGAGGCAGCAUCAAGAAAGGCAGGGGGAUCAUGAGGAACGCGAGCAGGGUGGGGAGGUGGUGUGCUCUGGGCCGGUAGCGGGAGGGGAGGAAUCGAGGUGCUGGGGUGCAUGGGAGCAGACGGACUCGUUAGGGGACUGCUGGUGGGAGGAGUCAGCAGCAGGUUGCUUGCUGGAUGGACCUCUCACAUGCAGGGGUAGUGGCAGCAGCAGCAGCAGCAGCAGCAGUUGCAGUGCGAGCAGCACAAUUCAGACCUUUCACAUGCCUUCUCAACCCCUAGCAACAUGCCCUGUACCUGCCACGCCCGCUCUCUCCUCUCUCCUCUGCCCGUCUCCUCCCCAACUGCAGUACACCCUAUCGUGA